UCGUAUUCGCAAGGGAGGCUACCCAGACACGCAGUCAUCAUGAAGGGCCUUAAAAAGGCAAUGAACCUGUCUCGGUCGAAGUCGAGCGAUACGAACGGCAAGUCGGGUAGCGGACCAGCUUCGUCAAAGGGGGGCUCGGUCCCCUCGAAUCCGGCCUUUUCCGGCUCACUCAAGUCUUCAUCAGGAGGCAACGCCUCUUCCCCAGCAUCAUCUAGCACAUCACUGGCAGGCAGCAGUGGAACCAGUGCACAGCCCAAUAGGAGUAGCGCCACGGCAGCGGGCAGUGGGACAAACAGCACUCCAGAAAGAAGAGGUGCUCAACCAUUGGCCGACAAGACUUCCCCAGCACCGCCCGUGGUAUUCGUCUCGGACACGAUCUCUCACGAUGCCUCGCAAGGCUCGCCUUCCACUUCACUUCCGCCAGCCAGCGCCAACAUUGCCGCUGCUGGUGGUCUGCAUGCUCAGCCUCAAACCAUGGGUGCGGGUGGCAUAGGCGUGCAGACUGCUCCUGGUCUCACUACCACAGAAACCGCCAACCCUCCCAAGGCGGGCUCACUGAAUCGACUGCGUCAAGGACCCAAAGACACUAUUCCCAUCAAUGCCAAGACACCGCCCAGGAAGCAAAGGAGUUCUCGCUUCCACGUCACAGAAAAAGUCGAGUUGGAAAAGCUUCCCAACUUCAACGAAGUCGUGCCGGCGGAUCGACCAGAGCUGUUUGUGAGGAAAUUGAGGCAGUGUGGUGUCGUCUUCGACUUCAACGACGCUAGCUCCGAUCUCAAGGGCAAGCAGAUCAAGGCUCAGACGUUGCAUGAGAUGCUGGACUACAUCACAAGUCAACGAGGGGUCAUUACCGAGCAGAUCUACCCCGAGGUGGUCAAUAUGUUCGCUACCAACCUGUUCCGAUCGAUACCACCCCCCGUCAACCCUCAGGGCGACGCUUUUGACCCUGAAGAGGACGAGCCGGUUCUGGAGCUGGCAUGGCCGCAUUUGCAGAUUGUCUAUGAAUUCUUCCUGAGGUUCGUAGAGAGCCCAGACUUCAACACAAACAUGGCAAAGAAGUACAUCGAUCAGCACUUUGUUCUGCAACUGCUAGAACUUUUCGACAGCGAAGACCCUCGCGAAAGAGAUUUCCUCAAGACGACUCUGCAUCGUAUCUAUGGCAAGUUCCUUAACCUGCGAGCAUUCAUCCGUCGCUCCAUGAACAAUGUGUUCUUCCAAUUCAUCUACGAGUCAGAAAGGCACAAUGGUAUUGCUGAGCUCCUUGAGAUCCUCGGAUCGAUCAUCAAUGGAUUUGCUCUGCCACUCAAAGAAGAGCACAAGACGUUCCUGACAAGAGUCCUCAUCCCCCUCCACAAGGUCAAGAGCUUGGCCCUUUACCACCCGCAACUCGCAUACUGCGUAGUCCAGUUCCUCGAAAAAGACUCUGCUCUCACAGAAGAGGUACUGCUUGGUCUGCUACGGUAUUGGCCAAAGGUAAACUCUCCCAAGGAGGUCAUGUUCCUGAACGAGGUGGAGGAAAUCCUCGACGUCAUUGAGCCUACGGAAUUUGUCAAGAUCGAGGUGCCUCUCUUCCAGCAACUGCAGCGAUGCAUCAACUCUCAGCACUUCCAGGUAGCAGAGCGUGCUCUUUACUUCUGGAACAAUGAGUAUAUUGUGAAUCUAAUGGGCGAGAACAUCCAGGUGGUGUUGCCCAUUGUCUUCCCGGCACUAUAUCAGAACUCCAAGGCACACUGGAACAGGACCAUUCACGGUUUGAUCUACAAUGCUUUGAAGCUGUUCAUGGAGAUCAAUCCGGGUCUAUUCGAUGUGUGCACAAAUGACUUCAAACAGCAACGGCAGACAGAUCGGCAAAAGCUUCGUGAUCGGGAUGAGGCGUGGAGGAGGCUACGCGAGAGCGCCUUGGCACAAAGCAAGAUCAUCGGAGCUGCCCCACCCAAGACGUUGCUAGAGGACGAAGCUGCUCCGCCUCGCGCCGAGACGAUGUCCGAUACAGACUCCUUGGACUCCCUUGGCGACCUCACUGCUGGCGGCAAUUUCCUGGACCCAGAGGCAGGAGCGCUGGCUACCGAGCAGUCAAAUGGGGACAUGUCGGUAGGCUCCUUCGAAGAGGCAGACGAUGCCGAAGGAGGCGCAAUGGACGAAUCGGGGGCAGGGAGCGCCGCUUCGCGUGGGAGCCAACAAGAUGCCAUUGACGACAUGAAGAGGUUCCCAGAGACGGCGAGGAACGCUGUCGGCGGUAAGGAGAGCCCACAUGUGAGAAGGAAAUCGACAAUUCCCAUGGACCCGACAGUGCUCUCGGAGCUGGCUGCACACAAGGGUCUCGAGGAGGGCACGCCUGGCGGUAGCGGAUCGUAGAACAGUGUGGGCGACACGCGUUGGGAGUGGUGCACCGAAGACUCCUCUGCAGGCUACCACGCGUCGGCGUCUACUGCGAUUGCUUGGACGUCAAUCUACUGAUACGACUAUCACUUGCGCCUUCAAGUACCAGCAAAUGCAAGAUCCCCUCCUCUAUUCACCAGAUAGCAGAUACACGCCUUCGGCCUCCCAUCCCCACUCCUCUCCGUCCUCUGUCCCCAGGGGUCCUCAAUCACGCCAUCUAGGCCCUCUUUUCCCCACCCCUCAACCCCUUUCACCAUUUGUAGGCUCGGCGACUCGACGCAGCAGCUGGCUCGCCCUAGCCACCUUUGUUACCAAAUCUGAAAUUCAUCCCGAAUCAUUUUCUCGCCGCCCUUGCCUU